AUGCGGGAGGAGUUUGACCAGUUAGUUGAUAUCACUGAAGUUCAGAGUCCCCUGACGGGCAAAUAUGCAUCCUUUAAAAGGGCCCUGGAACGUAGCUGGAUAAGGACGAAGAAUGGUGAGUAUGAAUAUGCCGACCCCAGCACGGAUAGUGGUAUUCCCAUCUACAAGGCUAUCCUUGAGAGUAGGCUUAAAGUUAUGGACAGCAGAGAAGGCAGAAGACUUGCAAUGACGGAUUCCCCAUUGAAGGUAAUAGAACGCAGAUCCUUUGGAUGGUACAGUGUGAGGUUAACACACGUGAUCGAUCUUCAACAGGAACAGUGGCUUCCACUGGAGAGAGCGAGGGAGAAGGGACGCUUAAUUAAGCUAAAUGGCGCCGUCUGGAUAUGGGAAACCAGAAAUUCCAAAUGGCUGACGAUUGAAGAAGCAGUUGGAAGGGGGUUAGCCUUGAUAGAACCCGUCAAUAAGUGCGGAACCUUGAAUUUACAUAUUAGACAGGAAAGCCAUAGAAAUUACAGUGUAAGUGGAAUACUGGCAAAGAACAGUGACUACUCGACUUGGCUGCAUCCGUUUGAGGCACUGCGUGCCGGCCUUUUAGACUGGCGUCAGGGCCGAGUCGCUUGCAAUUUUUCAAACUCUCAAGCUUCCCCGCUCCGCGGACCAUGUACAUCUCCAGAUUCGAAAGCUUGGUUUAACUUCGCGGACGCUCGAAAGGCCGGCCUGAUUAAACUGACGCUGCUGGCUACUGAACGUGUUCCCAACCAACUGCUUAAUAACUUAGAUGAUAGCGUAAGUUUCCGUCUAGUAGAUCGACGUUUGGAACUUGUGUCAAAUGAUUACGAGUGUGGUGAUUUGCAAGAAGAUGCUGUUGGUGGAGAUGUCGGUCAAGGCCCGGUACACAGAGGCAUCGGCAAACGAGACGAAUUUUUUAAACCCACGGGGACUCGGUACACGGUUGAAACAACGCACUCCAUUUUUGUUCACAGAAUCGGGACAAUUUGA